AAUUCUCUAUGUCGUUCUCCCCCUUCCCCUCUCUCUCUCUCUCUCUCUCUCUCUCUCUCUCUCUCUCUAUCUGUAUUGUUCAGUCACAUCUAACAUAGCUAGUGACAUCUUGUCUAUCUAAUUUUUUUAACCGGAUGAGGAGCUUUAAAUACUUUAUUCACCUUGUUAAAACGUCUCCUUGCACUUCUUUUAGCUUUGGUGUUUUUGUUCAGUCUUCAACUUUCUUUUCACCUUUUUGGUCAUCUCUCUCUCCCUCUCAUAUAACCCUAUAGCUUAUCUAUUCAUCUGAUCUUUGUUUCCAAACAUGAGCAGCAAUCACCCAUACUCCACUUACUUCAAUGGCACUUGGUUCAAUCUUACCCCUAACCCUAAUAACUAUCUUUCUUAUUCCACUUUCACUCACUAUUAUCAACCCUCACCACCAUCUCCACCCCUUAGGGAAGCCCUUCCUCUCUUGAGUCUCAGUCCAACACCAAGACCAUCAUCAAACCAAACUCAAGAAAACCCUAAUAGUACUACCAAUGAUAUAUAUUGUACAACCCACAUGGAAGUAGACCAUAACAAGAGCAAACCUGUUGCUGAUGGUGAUGGUGAUGUUGAUGCUGAUCAUGAUGAUCAGGAGACUGUGACUGUAGCUCUACAUCUUGGCCUCCCAAACCCUACCUUUUCUGAAGCUGAUCUCUUCCCAAGACUCUCCACCAAUUCAAACAAUAAUAUUAUUACAGAAGGUGAAGGUGAUGAUCAAUAUAAUAAACAAGUGGAGGAGGAAGAAGAAGGUGCACACAGCCAUGGGUAUCUUACAAGUGCACUCAACAAAGGUCAAUAUUGGAUCCCAACUCCAGCUCAGAUUCUAAUUGGACCAACUCAGUUCUCUUGCCCUCUUUGCUUCAAGACCUUCAACAGAUACAAUAACAUGCAGAUGCAUAUGUGGGGACAUGGAUCUCAAUACAGGAGAGGCCCAGAAUCCCUUAGGGGAACACAGCCAACAGCCAUGCUAAGGCUACCGUGCUACUGCUGCGCACCAGGGUGUCGAAACAACAUCGACCACCCGCGGGCUAAACCACUCAAAGAUUUCAGAACCCUUCAGACACAUUACAAAAGGAAGCACGGAAUCAAGCCGUUCAUGUGCAGAAAAUGUGGGAAGGCUUUUGCGGUGCGAGGCGAUUGGCGAACACACGAGAAGAAUUGUGGGAAACUUUGGUAUUGCAGCUGCGGAUCAGAUUUCAAACACAAGAGGUCAUUGAAAGAUCAUAUAAAGGCAUUUGGGAAUGGGCAUGCAGCUUAUGGGAUUGAUGAUUGUUGCCUGGAAUUAGAAGAAGAAGCUGCUUCUGAGAUUGAGCAAGACAACGAAUCAUCUCAUUGUGAUAACUAAUCGAAAGCAGUCUUUCGAUCUAUCUACUACUGUUUCUAGAGAUCAUAUCAGAAUCACUUUUGACGGACCCUCUUUGAUUUUGUUGUGUGUUCACUUUUUCUUUUUAUGGUGUGAAACUUUUCUUUUACCUGUUCUUGUUUAGGUGUUUAUCUUUAUAAUUUUAUGGAGACUUUAAUUUGAAUCAA